CGCUUCCGGUCGGCGGAGACUGGCUGCCGGAGCGGCGGUGGCGGCUGAGACGCGGGGAUGGCGGGCGCCGGGAGCGAAGUCCGGUUUGCUGGGCUGUCGCUGGUGCAGCUCAACGAGCUGCUGGAGGACGAGGGGCAGCUGACGGAGAUGGUGCAGAAGAUGGAGGAGACGCAGAAUGUUCAGCUCAACAAAGAAAUGACACUUGCCAGCAACCGGAGCCUGGCAGAAGGAAAUCUUCUGUACCAGCCCCAACUGGAUGCCCUGAAAGCACGUUUGACCCAAAAAUACCAGGAACUCCAGGUUCUCUUUGAAGCUUAUCAGAUAAAGAAGACCAAAUUAGACAAGCAGUCUAGCAGCGCUUCCUUGGAGACCCUGCUGGCGCUCCUGCAGGCAGAAGGGGCCAAGAUUGAGGAAGACACCGAGAACAUGGCAGAGAAGUUUCUUGAUGGAGAGCUUCCUCUGGACUCCUUCAUCGAGGUCUAUCAGAGCCAGCGGAAACUGGCCCACACUCGAAGAGUUAAGAUCGAGAAGCUCCAGGAGCUGGUGCUGAAGGGGCAGAGACUUCCACAGGCUUCUGUGCCGGCCCCACUGCUGCCCAGGGUGCCCGAGCCGGCGCCCGCUGCCCCCCUGCCCUACCCUACCUCGGAGGCCAGCGGGCCUCCCUCCAUGCUACCUCGGCGCAUCCCCCCGCCACCGCCCCCGGUGCCUGCAGGACGCUUGGCCACGCCAUUUACCACCGCCAUGGGCUCAGGACAGGCCCUCCCGUACCCAGGGUCACAGUGCCCUCCCCUGCCCCCCCGCGUGGGCCUGCCCCCCCAGCAAGGAUUCGCCGCGCAGUUCACGUCUCCGUACCCGCCCGCUCUCCCCCAGAGACCCCCGCCCCGGCUGCCUCCACACCAGCCAGGCUUCAUCCUCCAGUGAGCCUCCCCCGUCCUUCCUGGGAGCCUGCACCUGCCGGCCGGGGCUCUGCACACACAGGCUGCGAGGACCAGGGGGCCGGUGCCCUGGGCCAGCACGUCCAUUUGAUUUUAGAACUGUAGGUCAGCGGUAAGUAGCCAUAGGCCCCUGGUUUUGUACCCAGGAGGUUGUGUGUGCAAGGCCUCAGCCUGGCAUCCCCAUGGUCGCAUUGGUUGGUUUUCGGUAUGAUUUUUUAAGUCUUGUAAUGUUGAUGGACUCCUAAGUCUGGGGGAAAAGCAUCCCUCCCUCCCCACUUAGAAUUGUGGUCCUCCCGUGGCAACUUUAUUUAAUGAGCAUGCUCCAUUUCUGCUUUGUUUGCAAAAGUCCAGGCCGUGCGGCCUCGCCCGCUGUGCGCCACAGUCCCUGGUCAGGGUGGGUCAGGUGGGCUGGCCUGGAAGGUGCUUACUGAAUCUGGGGCCGGGGGUUGCCAGUCCCCCUUCCCCCCAAACCUGGAUGCUUCAAAGCCCCGUGCAGCGUUUGGUCACGGGCCAGGUCCAGAGGCUGGGUGAGUUACAGCCAAGCCGGAGGAGGUGGGUCUGAGCUGGGCCUUGCGCAGCAAUGCCCUCCACUCCUCUUCUCUCCCGCCGCGGGCCAGCCCCUGACGGUUUCUACAAAGAAAUACGCGCCCCCCCCCCAAUAUUUUUAUUACGUAAUUUUCCUAUUUUAUAUUGGCAAAGGAAACUUUUUGGACACAAGACCAUUCAGGGAAACUUUAUAAAAAUGCAAAUAUUGUUUUGAGCAGAUUGAAGUACGGAAGUGAAUGCCAUUUCCUUUUUUACAAGCAGUGUAUGGCCACACCUGUGGGUGCCUGUGCUGUGCCUUAGUUUCCCCUGGUGCCAGGGAGGGGCCGGCCCCGGCUCCCCUGCAGGCCCCCAGGCUGGGCAGGCGGAGGGGUAGCUCCUGUAAGCGGCUUUAUGUUCCCAGAGGGGCUUGUUCGUUGUGUUACCAGCGGAAGCAGUCUGUCCCCCGCCCCCCGUGGACCAAGAUCCUUGUGGCCAGUCUUCUCUUCUGCUGGGGCCUCCAGGCAGGAGGGGGACGAGGGACUCGAGCAGCAUCUCAGCUGGGGCUGGAGCCAGCCAGCACGAGGAUCCUCAGAGGGUGCCAACGAACUCGGACGCACUGGCCACACCCCCGGCUCUUCCUGGCCCUUUAGGGUCGCACCGGCGGCCCAGGUGACAGUUGAGACAGCACGCAGGGGGUUGGUCCCAGCAGGCCAGGGCCGAGGCCACCAUUUGGCCGGAAGCUUUGUCUUCAGCUGCCCUGGGCGUGAACACCCCUGUACCAUCACGGUUUGUAGCGCUGGGGGGGGACGGUUAACUGCCCUGCCACUCAGUUCUGGGACGCUUGAGCUUGGUGCUCCCGCCAUCCCUCCACCACCCACCCCGAGGUCGGGGGAUGCCCACAACCUGUGCAGGGUGUAGCCAAACGGCGUGAGCUCAGUGUGGAUGUGGGGAAGGGGCUGCCAGGCUGGCCUCGUCUCUCUCCAGGGCCAUGCCUGAGCCGGGGCUGUAAAGCUGGAGGACCCUUUUUAAUAAAC